GCACGCCGGAAGCGAUGCCACCAUCUUUGUAAGGGGCACGACGGAAACAAGGCGGCCAUCCUUGUAAGGGGCACGUGUGAAGGGAGGCGGCCAUCUUUGUAAGGGGCACGCCUGAGGUGAAGCCCGGUUCCCCGCGGCCCCGAGGAGGACGAGGCGGCCGCGGCCUUUGCCGUACAGCUUAGCACUCGCAGGAGGCCGGCGGCGUUGAUAUGAUAUAGCACGAUUCAGGUGUGAAAGCAGGAUGGCUGGGAACAGCCUCGUGUUGCCCAUUGUCCUGUGGGGCCAGAGGGCUCCCACCCACUGCAUAUCAACCCUGCUGCUCAUGGAUGACGCGUCGAUGAUCGUCACUGGCUGCCACGAUGGCCAGAUAUGUCUCUGGGACAUUGCUCCAGAUUUAGAGAUUAAUCCCAGAGCUCUGCUGUUUGGUCACACAGCCUCAAUCACUUGUUUAUCAAAGGCCUCUGCUUCCAGUGAGAAGCAGUACAUAGUGAGUGCGUCAGAGAGUGGGGAGAUGUGUCUGUGGGAUGUGAAUGAUGGCAGAUGCAUAGAGUUUACUAAGCUAGCCUGCACACACACUGGCAUACAGUUCUACCAGUUUAUGGUUGGGACUCAGCGUGAAGGGAGACUGUUAUGCCAUGGACAUUAUCCAGAAAUUCUUGUUGUGGAUGCUACCAGCCUUGAAGUUCUUUAUUCUCUGUUAUCAAAGAUAUCUCCUGAUUGGAUCAGCUCCAUGACUAUCAUUAAAUCCAACAGAACACAAGAGGACACUGUUGUAGCAGUUUCAGUGACUGGCAUCCUCAAAGUAUGGAUAAUAACAUCUGAAGUUAAUCGCAUGCAGGAUACAACACCCGUAUUUGAAGAGGAGUCAAAACCUAUUUAUUGUCAAAACUGUCAAAGCGUUUCUUUCUGUGCAUUUACCCAGCGGUCGUUGUUGGUGGUGUGCUCUAAAUACUGGAGGGUUUUUGAUGCUGGAGAUUAUUCCCUUUUAUGCUCCGUCCCUAGUGAGAACGAACAGACCUGGACUGGUGGUGACUUUGUGUCAGCUGAUAAAGUGAUCGUGUGGACAGAAGAUGGUCAAAGCUUCAUAUAUAAAUUACCAGCCAGCUGUCUUCCAGCCAGUGACUUGUUUCGUAGAGAUGUGGGGAAAGCAGUAGAAAAUUUAAUUCCUCCUUUGUUGUACAGUGUAUUGGACAGAGCAGAUAAACAGUUACUAAUAUGUCCCCCAGUCACCCGAUUUUUCUAUGGACAAAGGGAGUUUUUCUCUAAUCUGCUGAUCCAAGGAGACUCUUCAGGGAGGCUGUGCAUUUGGAGUGUUCCUGAUACGCUGGAACAAGACUGUGCAAAAGGACUGCAAGCAACAACUUCAAUAUCCCUCCAGGAAGCUUUUGAUAAACUUACUCCUCGCCCAGCUGGAAUUAUAGACCAACUGAGCUUAAUACCAAACAUCAAGGAACCACUGAAGGUUACAGCCAGCGUGUACAUUCCAGCCCACGGGCGGCUGGUUUGUGGUCGGGAAGAUGGAAGCAUUGUCAUUGUGCCAGCAACCCAAACUGCUAUAGUUCAGCUUUUGCAAGGAGAGCAUAUGCUUAGGAGAGGUUGGCCACCUCACCGGACUCUCAGAGGUCAUCGAAACAAAAUUACUUGCUUACUGUAUCCUCAUCAGGUUUCUUCUCGUUAUGAUCAAAGGUAUUUGAUCUCAGGUGGUGUGGAUUUCUCGGUCAUCAUAUGGGAUAUAUUUUCUGGAGAGAUGAAACAUAUCUUCUGUGUACAUGGUGGAGAAAUUACACAGCUUCUAGUUCCACCAGAAAACUGUAGUGCAAGAGUCCAGCACUGUAUUUGCUCUGUGGCCAGUGAUCACUCUGUAGGUCUUCUCAGUCUGCGUGAGAAAAAAUGCAUCAUGCUGGCAUCCCGCCACCUCUUCCCUAUUCAAGUGAUCAAGUGGAGGCCUUCUGAUGACUACCUGGUGGUGGGAUGCUCUGAUGGGUCCGUGUACGUCUGGCAAAUGGAUACUGGUGCUCUGGACAGAUGUGUGAUGGGAAUAACAGCAGUUGAAAUCCUGAAUGCCUGUGAUGAGGCACUGCCUGCAGCUGUGGACUCCCUGAGCCACCCCGCUGUCAACCUGAAGCAGGCCAUGACACGGCGCAGCCUGGCUGCCCUGAAGAACGUGGCACACCAGAAGCUGCAGACCUUGGCCACCAACCUGCUGGCUUCUGAGGCAUCUGACAAAGGGAAUUUACCUAAAUAUUCACAUAACUCUCUGAUGGUUCAAGCUAUAAAGACUAAUUUGACAGAUCCAGAUAUACAUGUGCUCUUCUUUGAUGUGGAAGCACUGAUAAUUCAGCUGCUGACCGAAGAGGCUGCAAGACCCAACAGUGCCCUCAUCUCUCCUGAGAAUUUACAGAAGGCCUCUGGUGGGUCUGACAAGGGAGGCUCCUUCCUGACUGGUAAGCGAGCAGCUGUCCUGUUCCAGCAGGUCAAGGAAACCAUCAAAGAAAACAUAAAGGAACAUCUUCUCGAUGAUGAAGAUGAGGAUGAAGAAUCAAUGAGGCAGAGAAGAGAAGAUAGUGACCCAGAAUAUCGUGCUAGCAAAUCCAAACCACUAACUCUACUAGAAUACAACCUAACCAUGGAUACAGCAAAACUUUUCAUGUCUUGUCUUCAUGCCUGGGGCUUGAAUUCUGUUCUAGAUGAGCUUUGCCUUGAUCGUCUUGGCAUGCUUAAGCCACACUGCUCAGUGUCCUUUGGCCUUCUGUCUAGAGGAGGCCACAUGUCUCUGAUGCUUCCCGGCUACAAUCAGCCUGUAGGCAAACCAUCCUAUGAUGGCGUGGAGUUGGGCAGGAAGGUGUCUGUUACAGAAGGAUUGGGAAAGGGGACAUACGGCGUGUCACGUGCUGUCACCACUCAGCAUCUCCUGUCUGUCAUAUCGCUGGCAAACACACUGAUGAGCAUGACCAAUGCAACCUUUAUUGGAGACCACAUGAAGAAAGGCCCAACCAGGCCACCCCGGCCAGGCACUCCUGAAAUGUCAAAAGUGAAGGCCCCUCCGUCGAUGGCAAGUCAUGCAGCCCAAGGACAAAUUAAGCAAGUUGCUCCUGCUGUUUCUUCUAGCACUGAAGCUGGUCACUCUGGCUCUGACACUGCUCCUCCUUUACAUACCUGUUUCUUAGUAAAUGAAGGGUGGAGCCAGCUUGCUGCCAUGCACUGCGUGAUGCUCCCUGACCUGCUGGGUCUGGACAAGUUCAGGCCUCCUCUUCUGGAGAUGCUGGCUCGCAGGUGGCAGGACCGCUGCCUGGAGGUAAGAGAAGCUGCCCAGGCCCUGCUGCUAGCAGAACUGAGGAGGAUUGAACAGGCAGGCCGGAAGGAGACCAUUGACGCCUGGGCUCCGUAUUUGCCCCAGUACAUUGACAGUGUCAUAUCACCUGGAGUUACCACGGAAGCCAUUCAAACUGCUACUGCAAGCCCAGAUUCAUUGGGAACAGAGGCAAAAGUUCAGGAGGAAGAGCAUGAUCUAGUGGAUGACGACAUCACAGCUGGCUGCCUGUCCAGUCUCCCGCAGCUGAAGAAGAUCUCCACGUCCUAUGAGGAGCGCAGGAAGCAGGCUACAGCCAUCGUUCUGCUGGGUGUGAUUGGGGCAGAAUUUGGGGCUGAGAUUGAGCCCCCUAAGCUGCUGACACGGCCACGCAGCUCCAGCCAGAUCCCCGAGGGCUUUGGGCUGACGAGCGGUGGGUCCAAUUAUUCCCUGGCGAGGCAUACCUGCAAGGCACUGACAUUUCUGCUGCUGCAGCCUCCCAGCCCCAAGCUGCCUGCGCACAGCACCAUCCGCAGAACUGCCAUUGACCUCAUCGGCCGUGGCUUCACUGUCUGGGAGCCCUACAUGGACGUCUCUGCAGUGCUGAUGGGCCUGUUGGAGCUCUGCGCUGAUGCCGAGAAGCAGCUUGCCAACAUCACAAUGGGGCUGCCCCUGAGCCCGGCGGCUGACUCUGCACGCUCGGCACGCCACGCGCUCUCGCUCAUCGCCACAGCCCGGCCGCCCGCCUUCAUUACCACCAUCGCCAAGGAGGUGCACAGACACACCGCCCUUGCAGCAAACACACAGUCUCAGCAGAAUAUUCACACCACAACUCUUGCUCGGGCUAAAGGAGAGAUCUUGAGAGUCAUUGAAAUCCUUAUUGAGAAGAUGCCUUCUGACGUUGUGGACCUUCUUGUGGAGGUUAUGGACAUCAUCAUGUAUUGCCUUGAAGGAUCUUUAGUUAAGAAAAAAGGUCUUCAAGAAUGCUUUCCAGCCAUCUGCAGGUUCUACAUGGUCAGCUAUUACGAGCGAAGUCACAGAAUAGCAGUUGGAGCUCGCCAUGGUUCAGUGGCCCUCUACGAUAUCCGGACUGGGAAAUGUCAGACAAUCCACGGGCACAAGGGGCCGAUCACAGCAGUGGCCUUUGCUCCUGACGGCCGGUACCUUGCCACCUACUCCAACUCAGACAGCCACCUCUCCUUCUGGCAGAUGAACACGUCACUGCUGGGCAGCAUUGGCAUGCUCAACUCAGCGCCCCAGCUGCGCUGCAUCAAGACCUACCAGGUGCCACCCGUCCAGCCCGCGUCCCCUGGCUCGCACAACGCCCUGCGCCUGGCCCGCCUCAUCUGGACCUCCAACCGCAACGUCAUCCUCAUGGCCCACGAUGGCAAGGAGCACCGCUUCGUGGUCUAGGGGAAGCUGCCUGAGCUGAAAUGCGUUUCUGUCACAACUCCACGUAACUUUCCCUUCUUUGUUGCUGUCCUCUAGUCACGGGGCAGGACCGGCCAGGUCAUGGCUCUGCUUGCUUUACCAGGUUACAGCUCUGCCCGGUUUUCCAGGCCGUAGUUCUGCCUGGUUUGCCAGGUCAUGGUUGUGCCCGGUUUGCCAGACCAUGGCUCUGUCUGGCGUGCCAGGUCACAGCUUUGCCCGCUUUGCCAGGCAGCAGCUCUGCCCUUUUUGCCAGGCCAUGGCACCAGGCGUGUUCUCUUUGCAGCAGGGUGGGGGAAGCUGUGGUUUUGGGAGGCCCAGUCCCACCCUGACUGUGCCGUGGCCUGGCCGGUGGCUGCUGGCCUCGUGCUGGUGGCCUGGUUCCACGUGCUCACAGAGCCUCUGUGGUUUACCAAAGGCCCCGUUUACAUGUAUUCCUUCUAGUGACCACUGAAUGAUCAGUAGGUGGUGUGUCUUAGAGGGUUCUUAAUAAGGGCCUAAUUAAUUGGGGAUAAUUAGUAGCUGAGUGUGCAGGAGUUGAAUGGCCUCUGUUCUGAAUGGAAGGGGCGCGUUUCCUCAGAAAAAGACAGUUUUUGAGGAAUUGAAGUGCUGCUGUGCUCAGCCAUUGCUUGCUGUCUUCUGGAAUAAAGGAUAACAAUUCACAUGUAAAUAAAGAAAAUAUCUCUAAGAUUGACUAGCAAACUUGAACAGAGGAGUAUUUAUAUAUAAAGGUGUUUUUUUGCUACCAAUGAAGGUAUUUAUUUUGAAGAAAAUGAAAAGCUUUUUCUUCCCAAAGCUGCUCCCAUUUGUGCUGGAUCCCAUGUGGAAGCAGGGUUGUGGUCUGGCAUCUGCAGGGCCACUCUCCUUCACUGCAGGAGCGUGGGGUCACAGCAAGCCCUGGGAGGCAGCACAAAUGGUGUCAGUGAUUAACAAUUCUUGCAAGAAAAACUAUGAAAAAUAAUAAGUUAUUUGAGCAGAUAUACUGAAACCAUUUCUUCGGUAGGAGUAUUCAUGUGUAAUGUUAGAUGUGACUGUGCUUCCUUCUUACAUAUCUAAUUCUGUGAAAUAUUUAACCAUGUGAAAGUAUGCUGGUUUAUGCUCACAAUAAAGCAAAAACAAAUCUAUGAAAUACUAUUUUAUUUAAAAAUAUUGAUGUAUAUGUUUGUAUAGCUUUCUCUUUGCCAUUUUUGUCCGAAAAGCUCGCAGAAAUAAGGGGGCUGUCUUUACAUGAUAAAGUAAAAAUGGUACUUAUAAAAUCCUCCCUUCCCCAAAAAGGAAUAAAUUAAUUUAUAAAACGGCUUCUAAAUUUAAAAAGCAUUGAUUUCUUUUUAAUUUUUCUUUUUUAAAGUUGGUCUGUGUAGUACAUUGUAGGUGAAGGUGAGAUUUACAGCCCAGGAAGAUACAUAUCUCUUUGCUGUUUGAAAAUUAAGAAAAGAGCAAGAAAUUAAGACCGUUAGGAAUGUUUAACACAAACUGCCAUAAAAUUUAAUCCUUUUAUCUGGCAGGAAUGUAGUGUAUAGUAGAGAACACUGUUAUAGAAUAUCAGGGUCUUCUUUCUAAGUGAACUAACACAACAUGCAUGUACAUUGUGUUCGUAAAGAAGCGUGUGUAACUCUGAAGGUUAAAGAUAGGAAGAAGAGCUAACAGAGACCUUCCAUCUGUAAUCUGAAACACUGCAGCAUUCGGUUUGGAUGCACGAGGAGAGUCAGGGUGCACUGUAAGCAUUGUCCCAUAGGCGUCCUGGGAUCCCGUCAGUUACAUUAGGGUAGGUUCCAAGAUGUGUAUGUGUUUACUUUCAGAAACGAAACACAACCCCCAUGGGAACGGUGGACCAUAGCCCUCCAAUGAUUUCCUUUUGUGGUAUAGUGAGCAAACAUCUUGAAUUAUAUAUGCGUUAAAAUGUUUGAUUUAAGCUAGAAGUGUAAUGGAUUUUCUUAAAUGCAGAAGAGAGGUCGUUCCUUUCCUCCCAGUGCUGCGGGUCAGCUCCAGCUCCACUGGGGUCCAGGAUCCAUCAGUGGGGCUGGACACAGCCCCCGCUGUGGUGACUUUGUUUGCCCCAAUCCUCAACUUCACAGCCUCGGUCUCUCAGCACUGCAGUAAAAUUUGUAUUGUCAUUCCAGUGUAAGCUUUUAGUGCUUUAUUGAUUUGUUAGUACUGUAUUUGGACUUGUCCUUGUAAACGUGGAGACGUAUGUGGCUUCAUUGGCAGUUUACAAGCAAAAGAUGACAUGAUGAGACACCUGUAUGAAAGUGUUGUAAUGAUGGAAGUCACCAUGUAUGGUAAAUGAUUGAAGUGUCUGCCUCUCAAGCAACUUCUGGAGUCCACUCCUAGUCUGCUGUAUGUAUACUGCAUACCCUGGUGUAAAUAUGCUUGUGAAAUAAAUCUGAACUGUAUCGAAG